AUGCCCGAGCAGAGCCAGAGUGAGAAGGGGAAGGACAAACAGAGGGCCGAAGACGUCCAGUAUCUCGCGGACGCACUGGACCUAGCGCGCCUGUCUCCUCCCAAACCGACAAACUUCCGUGUCGGCUGUGUCCUUGUCGCGGUUCCCUCUCCCAUCCCGAUCCCGUCGCCAUCCCAUCAGGCCGACGAGAGCGACGUGCCCAGAAAAGGAAAAGGACAAGGACACGACUCUUCCGACGGGAAAAGAGAAGCCCAGGUGCUCGCCACAGGUUACACCCUCGAACUCGCGGGCAACACGCACGCCGAGCAGAACGCGCUGGCCAAGCUUGCGGCACGCCACAACCUCCCCGAGUCGCGGCUGCACGAGUGUCCGGAGUUCUUGGACCCCGCGGCCAGGGUGACGCUGUACACGACGCUCGAACCGUGCGCGAAACGAUUGAGUGGGAACAAGCCUUGCGUCGAGAGGAUUUUGGCCACGAGGAGCAGUGGUGGUGGCGGCGUGCACAGGGUUGUCUACGGUGCAAGGGAACCAGACACGUUUGUGCAAAAGUCGGCAGCGGCGCGGAUCCUUGAAGAGGCCGGCGUCGAGAUCGACUACGUCGGCGAUUUGGAGGGAGAGAUCCUGCGCAUCGCGAUGGAGGGCCAUGGAAAUACGGCUGCUGAGAACAAUCCGCGAGUACAAGCCGAAGCGGAACCACAAUCGGAACCUCCCACGGGACAAAGUCAGCCUCAAUCUCAAUCUCAAUCUCAAUCCCAUUCCCAGAGUCAGCCUACAGGCACUAACAUAGACAACAUUACUGCUGAAGAACGCAGACGGCAGGAAGCCCUGCCGCGAAAUCCCAAAAAGAGGAUGAUGGAGGUAAAUAUCCCGCGGCAGCCUUGA